CACUCUUUAUCAUUCCCGCAUCCCGUCAGGUUCAGAGAUGAAGUGAGGAGUCCCUCUGCUCUCUGCUCUCACUCCUCGCUCGGAAGACAAACCUGAAACAUGGAGUUGCCCAAAUUUCUGCUGUUUCUCGCAGUGAGCGCCUUAACAAUAAAAGACUCUUUUCAAGGACCAAACCAGCAAAGACUGUACGAGAACCUGAUGCAGCAGUACAACCCGCUCGUGAGACCAGUUCAAAAUGAUUCUCAGAAGCUCACUGUGAACUUCGGCCUCACUCUGUUGCAGAUCAUGGACGUGGAUGAGAAGAACCAAGUUUUGACCACCAACAUUUGGCUACAAAUGGAAUGGAACGAUGCUUACCUGCAGUGGGAUCCAGCAGACUAUCCAGGUGUGAACAAUGUGAGGUUUCCCGACGAUCGCAUUUGGAAGCCAGACAUUCUGCUGUACAACAGUGCAGACGAAAGAUUCGAUGCUACUGUGAGCACAAACAUUUUGGUGAACAAUUCAGGCGGCUGUUCCUACAUCCCACCAGGGAUCUUCAAGAGCACCUGCUACAUCGACGUGCGCUGGUUUCCCUUUGAUGAGCAGAGAUGCGACCUGAAGUUUGGCUCCUGGACAUAUGGGGGCUACUCUCUGGACUUAAAGAUGAUAGAGGCUGAUAUUAGCAACUACGUCUCUAACGGAGAGUGGGAUCUUGUCGGAGUUCCAGGAAAGAAGAAUGAGCGUACGUACGAGUGCUGUGAGGAGCCGUACCCUGACAUCACCUUCACCGUGGUCAUGAGGAGGCGGACUCUCUACUACGGCCUCAACCUGCUGAUCCCCUGUGUCCUGAUCUCCACUCUGGCCCUGCUCGUCUUCCUCCUGCCCGCUGACUCUGGAGAGAAGAUCUCAUUGGGCAUCACCGUCCUGCUCUCCCUCACCGUCUUCAUGCUGCUCGUUGCAGAGAUUAUGCCUCCCACAUCAGACUCGGUGCCUUUGAUAGCUGAGUACUUUGCCAUCACCAUGGUCAUUGUUGGCCUCUCAGUGAUUGCUACAGUUAUAGUUUUACAAUAUCACCACCAUGACCCCAAUGGAGGCAAGAUGCCAAAGUGGACCCGUGUUUUCCUACUGAAUUGGUGCGCCUGGUUCCUGCGUAUGAAGCGUCCAGGUGAGGAGCGGGUGCGUCCAGCCUGUCACAACAAGGGUCCACGGAGCAGCCUGACCAGCAUGGAGCUCAACGCCAGCGCCUCAGCCUCCCAAUCCACCAACGGCAACAUGCUCUAUGUCGGUGUCCGAGGCCUGGAGAGCAUUCCCUACUCCACAGCCGCCACCUCGCCUGACUCCGGGGUCCUCUGUGGACGUCUGGUUGCUCGGGCAGGUGAAGAGGAGUUGCUCCUCCCCGCAGCUCACGUCUCCUCGUUGGGCAGCCUGGAACCAGAGUUGGCCAAGAUCCUGGACGAGGUGCGCUUCAUUGCCAAACGCUUCCGUGCCCAAGACGAGGACGAGUCCACGUGCAACGAGUGGAAAUUUGCUGCAGCUGUUAUCGACAGGCUUUGUCUCAUGGCUUUCUCGCUCUUCACUAUCCUCUGCACCAUCUCAAUCCUUAUGUCAGCACCCAACUUUGUCGAGGCCAUUUCCAAAGACUUUUUCAAUUGAAAGUUACAUUUGUAAACACAUGGGCCAUUAAUUUGGAAGGUUUUCAGUCUUCAAGUACAAGACUCAUAUAUUAACACAUUUUUUUAAUCAGGUCAAAUUGUAUGUGACAUCCAAUUAAGGUUUGCCUUUUAAAGUUGAUGAAAUGACCAGCUUUAGUCUGCCAUGUUAAACAAUGUAAUAGAACAAAACGUCUAAAUCAAUCUGAAGUUUAAAACGACUAAUAACUAAAACCUCUUAGUAUUCUUUAAGUGGCUUCAUUUCCUAAUCCAUAAAGAAUACACAUUUGGUUUAUUAUGUGAUAUUAUGAGUGUAUGAUUGUUCUUUUUUCUAUAUACAUUACAUAUACAAACAUAACAUCUGUACUACCAUGUAUUGAAAUGUAUGUGUUGUAUCACAUGAAAACCCAUGUAUGGGUUAUGUAUCCAAACAGUGCAAAUCGCUGUCUAUAAAUAGACAUUAUGUUGAUUAUAGUUAUAAGCAUAACUGAACACAUCAAUUUAACAAAAAUCUUACUUGGUCUUACUAAUUGUUUCUUACUAACUUUUACUCUGACAUAAUGUGAUAAUGUGACUCAAAGAAUCACUGUGAAGCCAUCAUAGUUUUUAAGUGUACUAACUUAAAUGUAUGAUGUUUUGUUCCUGUCUGAUAACAUUUUUCCGACAAAUAAAUGUAUUUUUUUCUGUUUUAAAAGCUG